AUGUCUCAGCCAGAUCAGAUUCAACCGCCUAGGCCCAAUGAACUUAACGACCUUUUCGAUACACUUCUGGAUGAAAAUGUACAUAUUGAUAAUUAUGUUCGAAAUUCCCACACUUCGGCUUGGAAUCAGAGGGAUAUUUUAAACAAGAUUAUUACGGUUAAUGAUUCUGCACUUCGACUAAAAGAAAUUGCUGACUGGGAAAAUGACGAAGCGCAAACCCAGUAUCAGCAAUAUGAAAAAUUGCUAUAUGAGGUACUCAACUCCAGGUUAAAAUUAAUUGAACUCAAUAAAAAAUUGCGACUUCAUAGAAAUAAACCUGAAGACUUUUAUAAGAAGGUUGUCAAUACUGAUAUAGAAAAGGCGAAGAUAGAUUAG